AUGUCUAGCUAUACAAUAGCCAAUCUACCACGCAUGUCUCGCGAACAGCUCGCUGAGAAGGUCCGGGCGAAAUCUCCUGGAUUGGCCGUCAUUGACGUCCGGGACAGCGACUAUAUCGGUGGGCAUAUCCUCGGAUGCCAAAAUGUACCGACCAAUACGCAUGAUUAUAAGAUGCCAGAGCUGGUGCGGAGUUUGAAGGACAAAGACACGGUGGUGUUCCACUGUGCUUUAUCCCAGCAGCGAGGGCCUUCGAGUGCUUUGAGGUAUUUGCGGGAGAGGGAGAGACUGGGUGAUGAGGAUAGUAAGACGAAGCAGACGGUCUACGUGCUCGAAGGAGGGUUUUCGAUGUGGCAGCAGAAGUAGGCAGUGCUCACUUGAUCUCUUCGAAAUGGCCGUCGACUGACUCGGAUCUUCCUAGGUAUGGAGAGGACAAGGAACUCACUGAGGGAUACCAUAAGGACCUUUGGCAGGAGUGUUGA